AUGGUAGAGAUCAUUCCGAUGGAGAGUAGUUCCGAUGCCAAUGAUCUGAUUGCUCAGAUUAAAAAUAAAGAGAAACUGAAACUCAAUGGCGAGUCACUUGCAAAUGGCGAUUCAACCAAUAAUUGCAAUGGAAACAGUCAUAUUGAAAUCGACUCAGAUGUUAUCGACAACAACAAAAACAAUAGCAACAACAAUAUCAUUAAUAACAAUGAAACACCUACAGUAUCUUCACCAAAAGAAUCAAACAGCAAUGAAAAUAAUGAAGUUCAAAACAAUAUAAAUGGUCAUAGUAUUAGUAAUAAUAAUAAUAAUAAUAUAGUUGUAAAUAUAAAUAGUACUCAUAAUAAUAAUAGUAGUAGUAAUAGUAAUAUCACAGAAGUUCAGUUUAAUUAUUCAUUUCAUGUUGGACCAAAGAUAAAAGCAGAUAAAAGUGCAGCGAAAAGACAUAGAGCGGAGCAUGGAAAGACACAGUUGUCACUGCCGCAAUCUAUGACUAUGAGUCCAGGAAAGAAAAAGUCGCGAUGGAAUCAACAGAGUAGUGUUCCAGUGAUCAAGCAAACACAUCAGACAAAGCAGAGUGCUCUUUCAUCGCGGCGAGCAGAUGACACUCCGCUGCACACUGGCGAUAUUGGUGGAAGUGAUUUCUUUUGUCAGUUGUUCUCUGGCAAUCUAUCGUGUACAAAGAUAUUGAAAGAUUCAUAUAGAAUGUGUUCUUCCUCCUCGUCGUUGUUGUCGUCGUCGACCAUGGGUAAUCUACUCGAUGACGAACAUCAUCCACUCGAUCUCCUCGCUGGUAGCAAUAGCAACAACAACAACAACAGUAUCAACAAUAGCAAUGUAGGUGGAUUCUCAUAUUUGGAUCAACAUGAAGCUGACGAGUUGAUUUUGUUGCGCAGCAGUGGAACUUCGCUCAUUACAGAGGAAGACGAAUCGUCUUCCGACGAGGAAAAGUCUAAUCAGGCACAUAGCAAUAUCAUGAGUAGGCGAUCCAACACUGGCGGUGUCGGCGGUGGUGGCAGUAGUCGCUCGCGAUCCCAUUCAAGUUUGGUUACCAACUCACCGCAAACAUCGCGCUUUCAGCCAUUACUGUCGCCGCCACUCACACCACUUUCCACUCCGAGCUACUCACAGGUCGGCGGUGCAACCGUUACCAUCAACGGAAUCAAUCUCUCACAGGUACAUCUGCCAGGUUACAUCUGGAAGAAGGUAUCGGAGAUGUUCAACAGCAUCAAUUGGACAACAGAGGAAAUCACCAUGUUGGAAGAGUUGAUAUAUAUCUACGGAAACGAUUGGCCAGAGAUUUCAAGACUACUCUGUGGUAGUAAAUCACCACUGCAGAUCUACAGAAUGUUCAACAAACAACACACAGAAGCGACCGACGAGGAAUUCGAAGACGAUUGGCGCAAGAUUUGUUUCGUUUGUUUUUUAUCAAAUAGUUUCAAGAGCAGAGGAAAAAUCAAAAAGAAUACAUCACCCUUGAUCACCUGUCAGAGUUGUGAAAGAGUAUUCCACACCGAAUGUUUAGAUACACCUUUAACUCAAUUGCCAAAAGGAGAUUGGUUCUGUUCAAAUGAUUGUAUUCAAACUUCACAUAUUAAAUGUGAAGUUUGUUCAGGAAAAGAUAGAGAAGAUGCUUUUGUUUUGUGCGAUGUUUGUGGUAAUGGAUAUCAUAUUCAUUGUCUUUCUCCACCGCUGUCUGAAGUUCCCGAUGAUAAAUGGGAUUGUCAUAUAUGUGUUGAAGCUGGUGAAAACAACCACAACCACAAUCACAACCAUGCAACUCAUUCAUUGUCACCUUUUAUCAAUAAGCAACAACACAACCAUGGUCUGGACUUGAUGUUGUUGGAUGAUGUUCAGAAAUUAGAAAGAUCAACAACAGAAACAACUUCAACCCCAACAACAACAACAACAACAGCAAACAAUAAUAAUUUAUUAAAUGAAAGUGAUAUGACUUCAACAACCACCACAACCACUACCUCAACAACAACAACAACAACAACAAGUUCACCUUUGAUGUUUUCACCUGCAUCACCAAUCAAUAUUAGCAGUUCCAAUUCAAUUCCACAAUCACCUUUAAUUACACAUUCAUCACCGACUAUGAUGAAGAAAUCACAAACUAUUUUGCAGUCUCCUUCCUUGUCUUCGUCAGCCAGUGCCAACGGACUGCUAGCAUAUAAUCAUCAACCAAUAGUUAUUCCUCACCUCGAAGACUGUCCAAAUCGUAUGAAGAGCACAGAUGAGUCUGACUCUAGCAACAUCCAGAUCCAACCAGACUCAUCAGCACAAGAACAAUACACCAGUGCAGUUGCCCGUGUGCUCGCCAAGGAAGGACAACGCCAUGCAUCGUCUGCCAUUCCAAAACCGUUCCACAUCCUAAAGAAACUGAGCCAAGUUUGUUUGGGCUGUCUCAGCCAAGUUGGAAUCUUUGAGGACUCACCACAGCUAUCAAACAUCCACGAGAUCUACGACUAUGAAGAGCUCUUACCAAGCUCGAUGUUCACCGAACUGGACACAGAGUCGGAGGGUAGCAUCAGCCACCAGCUCGAUAUCAUCCUAGCAACCGUGCCACUUGCCGUUGCCAACAUGAUAGCCGAGCCAGUGCUUUUGGACUCUCCACAUCUGCAACCAACAGGCACACCCCGACGUAAAUCAACCAAUUUCAUCAACUCGCUACUUCUUCAAUCACAACAAUCACUACCGUCAGCUUCAUCCAUUUUUUCAUCGCCAGCCAAUCACAGUGAUGCUUCUUCUACGACACCCUAUGUUUCAUCGUCCACCAAGAAGAGAAAGAGAUUACCACGUUCAAAAUCUGGAAAGUCACCGAAAGCUGAUGAGGAACAAGGUGGAGAGAGUAACGAUAGUUCACCUAUUCCACUUCACUUUGGAAGUACACCACCUCUUUCAGUUAAUUCACCAGAUUCAUCUAUUACCAUUUGCAUACCAAACAAUACAUCAACACCAGUAUCUCCAUCUCAACCACCUAUCGAAAACGAUAAAAUAUCACUAGAAUGUUCUACUCCACUUGAUACACCACCAAUUCCCGAUAACAACAAUAAUAAUAAUAAUGAUAAUGACAAUGAAAAGGAUUUACUUCCAACUUUAAUUCCAGAUAAAACAGAAUCUACUGAUAAUAAUGAUGAUGAUAAUAAUAAUAAUGAUGAUAGUGAAUCAACAACAACAACAACCACCACCACAGCAACAACUACUUCUACAUCAAACACAGAAGUAACAGAGUUAACCAAAGCAACAACAACAACAGAUGUAUUAAAGAGUUCAGAGUCAUCAAUGAUCGCUUCAAGUCAAUCCAUUUCAUUAAUUUCAACGCAAUCUGCCAUCAACAUUUUGAACUUUAUGAAUAAUAAUAACAAUGAUAAUAAUAAUAAUAAUAAUAAUAAUGAUAAUUCAUCUCAAAAUGUAAAUUCACCUCCAUCUCUUACAACAUCUGGAGUUUUGGGAAGUGAAAUACUUAUGAAGAUUGCCAAUGGUGACAACGAAGAUAAAUCGAUGUUUGAUAUCAAUACUGGCGAAGAGCAAGUCAAAAUAGAGAAGGAUGUUGCAGAUGAUGAUGAUCCAAUUCAGACACCAAAGAGAGGUCGCAAGAAGCGUUCAAAGACCGAAACAGAUUCCACCCAAAAGAAAAGAAGAUCAAUGAUCACCGAUACAAUUGGAAUUGCGCGUGGAAGAAGAAGUCGUCUCUCCGAGGAAACAGCUGCCGUAGCGAGAUGGUGGAUAUUCAGUGGUAAUCCAAAGGUUAAGACCGAGCUGAACAAUAUGAAAGUAGGCGAUACUCUGGAAUGGGUAGUCAGACAGCAUGCAGACAACAUCCGAAAGGAUGAUUUCGUAUAUAUUUGGGUGUGUGGAAAGUAUGCUGGAAUCUCUGCCACGGGAAUAACUCUACAGGAUCCCCAAAAAGUAGAUGUACCUACAACACCACCAACCAAUACAAUCGACAAUAACAACAACAACAAUAACAAUAGCGUGACAUCUCCACCAUUAUAUCAUUCGACGAAACCAAAUCAACAUCAUGUUAUUCAGGUAAAGAUUGUCAAUGUGUUUGCCAAUGUCAUUCCAAAGCGAACGAUGUUUGAACACUCGCUGCUCACCAAUAUGACGAUCAUUCGUGCACCGCUUGCCACCAACUUUUGGCUGACCGAUGAAGAAUCGAAAGCUCUCUCUGACCUGGUAGAGGGUGUCAACAACGGAACUAUUGUUCUCCCGCCAAUAGAAACAACCAUACCAAUCCCAAGAAAGACAAAGAAAUCGAGAAAAGCAACAGAACUACAAUUAUGUGAAAAUAAUUUAGAUGAUAACAAUUCAAUUGCAACAACUACAACAACGACAACAACAACAACUAGCAACAACCCUUUCAAUUCAUUUCCAGAUACAUCUAAUGAUCAUCAUCAUCAACAAAUAGCACCGAUUCCAACAACACCAAGUUCAUUCAAGAAAUCAAAACACACUCAUCAAUCGCCUUCUCUUCCACAACCACUACCACCAACACAAAAGUGUACGAUCUGUGAUGAUAAUCAUCUACCAAUGAUUUUUUGCGAUUCAUGUGGAGAUUUCUAUCACUCUAAAUGCCUUGCUGAACCAAUUGAUAAAUCAAGCUAUGCCUAUUGGAUAUGUUUUAAAUGUUGCAUGAGUCAAGAGGAUAUAUUAAAUUGUAAAUUAGUUAUUGGAUGGUUAGAGUUAAGAUCGAAAUGCAAAUCGAUACUUGUACAUAAAUGUGAAACUUUUUGUCAUUCUCAUAAAAAGAGAAAUAAGAAGAAAGUAUUGAGUAAAAUGUCACAGUUUACCUAUCAAAUCAAUGCUCUUAGAGUACAACUGGCGAAAUUGGUCAACCAAAGAUAUUCAGCUUGGUAUCAUUCAUUGCUCAAUGAGGAAUUAAACUAG